AUGGAAUGUGAUAUUGAGUGUAGCUAAUUGCAAAGCUCAAACGUCCGACAGAUCCAACCAAGUUGACUUGCAGGCCUUGACAGCCCUGUGACAUAAGCCAAACCUGCCUGAGUAUCACCGUGCCUAGCGUUACACCACCAUAAAUAUCCAAUUUUAUGCGCUUCCUUGCGUUUUCAGCCAAUACUGGAGCUUGCUUAACGUAUCACGAUUUCGGGCGACGGGAUGGCGGCAGCGCGGAUGAGGGCGCGGCCACGGCUUCCCGGCUGUUCAACAUGAACCAGUUACUGCUGCAGGCCACCCAUGAGCCCGGCGGCAGCGCUGGCGGCAGUGGCGGUGGCGGCGCAGACCCAUCGGGUGCGCCGGCAGCAGCAGGAGCAGCCGCGUCAGUUGCCGCGCUGCGCUCCAGCGGAGGGGGCGGUGCAGCUGACAGCGGCUCCACGACCAUUCUGGGAGCAGGCAUGCGCCGCAUGUCCGCUCAGAACGCUGCGCUAGGCCGACCCAAGGGUCUGUCCGCGCCUGCCCGCCCGCUGCUAGCCGUACGACAGUGGCACGUGGGUCGCCAGCAGUGGCAGCUGGCAGAGGAUGCGGACACACAGCUCCUGGUGGCGGUUUGCGUGGAUGCUGCAUGGGAUGCCAACGCAGCGGCCUUCCUGGCCAAGGCCCUACGCGACGCCUUCGUCACAGCCAACCGCCCACAGCUCCUCGCCCUCGCCCGCACCGCUCCCACCCUGCCACCCCCGCUAUCCUCCUCCUCCUCCAUAACCUCACCAACAGCAACACCAGCAUCAGGCCGCACCGCCUCCUCCUCCGCUGCAUCCAUCACCGGUGCUUCUGCUGUCGCUCCCGGAGGCCCUGGCAGCGCUAGCGGCGGCCUGUCGCGGCCUCCCUCGGUCUUCCGAGCUGCCCCCACGGGCGGUCCCCCGGAGCUGCUAACCCUGCCUGCGCUCAAGCUGCUGUGUCGUCUGGCACAGGCGGCGCUAGGGGCACUGGCAGCAGGUGGGUUGCAGCCCUGUUGGCUGUUUUUUGCGCAUGUGGAUUCGUUCAUGG